AUGCUCUUCUCGCUCGUUCGAGGUUCACACUCUAACUUGACGCCACGGCAGUCGAUGGAGUCUGAGCCUCAGUCCAUCAAGCACAUCAUCCGCAGCAGCAGCAGUCAAACAAGACCGGGAUCAAGUUGGAACAUACGAAAGACAAACCAAAACCAAGAGAACCCUGUUGCAAAGAUUGACUCCACACUUCGUCUCCGAGCCAUGACGAGCAACGAAAAAGAGGAAGCGCUUGAGAAGAUGAAAGCAUAUUACAACGGCGAGGAUUCAAGUGGCAGUUCUCCCAAGCCAACAAGUCCUCAGAAGCUCUCACCGACCAGGUCGAGCCGCUCAGAUCCUUCGAAAGAAUGCAAGGUUCAAAUACAACUAGACAUGAGCUUCAAGGAUGCUGGCUGCAGCGAGAAUGUCUUUUUUCGCUCCAUCGCAGAGGACUUAGCUCACGCUGCUGGCUGCAAUUCUAACAAGAUCAGAGUGGUGGAUAUGGGGCAGCAACCUCUGAUACUGACCGUCGUUCUUGAAGAAGGCAUCUGUCCUCUUGGUCGCACCACGUUGGAUGUAGCACGGGACCUCAGGAUGCAAACUCUCGAAACCUCAUCAAAGUUACUUGAAGGCAAAUUCACUCGCCAUGUGCAACUCUUCUGGAUAAUGGCAAAAGACAACAUGCUUCCGCUGAGUUUGAACGGAUCGUUGAAUAUUUCCCCAGAUCGUUUCUCACAUCCUCCGCUCCCUCUGCACGAGACGGUCCAGCCGGAGUGGAAGCCCAUGGACACUCGCUAUCGCGUGACUCCUUGA